GCCGCGCCGCGCACUCCAACCGCCAUUCCGCUGCCGUGAGCCUACCUGGAAGCACGCGUCGCGAAUGUUUCUGUCAUAUCUUUCGAAAUAGUGACUUAUUUGUUAUGGUGUAAUUCCAACCUGUUUACCACAAUUCAGUUAUCGUGAAUAAAUUCGAAUAUAUGUUCGUAUGUGUUAAAGUGAACAAUUUAUGCGUUAACGAACAAGUGCAUUGAGUAAGUGUAGAGAAGGCUACAUUCCAAACCGGUGUCGUUCUUUAAUGGACGAGGUGUAUACUCUGUGUGUGUUUUAUUACUUAGCGAGGGAAGUGACUGUGUUCCGCAGCCGCUCUGCGAACUGGACCGAGCUCCUGCUGUCUAAUAUUUCUCAAUCGUCGUUGCAGAAUGUAAAAAUAUAGACUAAAUUAAGCCAAAACAAAAGAAAAAUGGCUCGUGGUACACUCAGUGAAAAUGAACGCCAGUGCUUGGACGGCGAGGCAAAAAACCAAUCAGAGCGUCUGUUAGAAACUGAAAAAACACUAAGUGGUGAUUGCAAACCGAACGGAUUGCGAGUCCGCUUCCUAGAUGAGGAAGGAAAGACCGAGAGAACGGUCAGCGCCGACGAGGUCGAUUACUCAGUGUCCAAAGUGAAAAAGAUACACAUACUAAAAAAUAGGAGUUCAAGCGAGACAAGUAUACUUCUGAGGAAUCCAUCGCUGAUGAAGAGAUAUUCGAGUGCUGAGCGUCGGUUCAGCGAUGGCAACACCGACAACCUCAACAACAAUUCAAUGAGCGAGAAUCUCAAUGGAAGAAUAUCUAUUUUGAAAAAUUCCAAUUCUGAUACUGUAGAUAAGACUGAGAAUGAUACAGACCAAACCAAAGACGCAAAUGGGCUGAGCUUUAAGAAAAAUUGUAACGUUUAUAGCGUAAACCAGGCGAAAACUUUGACGCCGGAGCGCAAGAAGUCGAUACCACUUACAAUGCCUAGAUUGAUCGGGCAUAAACUACAAGAGAAUGGUCAGUGUAAAUCUAUUCUGCCAGCUGAGGUAUGCCUUGCUGAUGGUGCUUCUGGGAAAGAUUUUACCUCGCGAGCUAUCGGUCGGCUUUCUAGAGGUUUGGGGAAACUUCUUCGACGCACUAAUAGUGUGCGAAUCAGCGAGCCUGACCCAGUAUACAAGGUGGCGUAUCUUGGCAAUGUUCUCACCGGCUGGGCAAGAGGUGAGAGCUGCAUAGAGAAGCCGCUUUCGACUCUCUGGCGAAACUACCAACAGUCGACCAAACCUGAUGUGGUGAUGAAACUCUCAGUCACCAACUCCGGCCUGAAGGGCUUCACCAAAGAGCACGGCCUCACCGAGUACUGGUCCCACCGCAUUACAUACUGUGCCAGUCCACCCCACUAUCCCAAACUCUUCUGCUGGGUAUACAGACACGAGGGCAAGAAGCUCAAACAUGAACUCCGAUGCCAUGCUGUUCUCUGCACCAAAGAAACUAUAUCAAAGAAGAUCACCGAGGAACUCCAAAUUAAACUAAAGCAAGCCUUAGUCGAAUUUAAGAAGGACAGAAUCUCCAAACAGAACGCGAGGCUCAGCCUUGCUAAUAGUGUUUACGACAAUCCAAGUAUGCCACGCAGAAAAAUACUUCUCAGCGUAGGUGCAACAAAUUAUAGGCCGCCUUUAGAGAGAUCCAAGUCUGCCCCAAAACUCGGUGCCAUUGAAGAACUUUGCUCUGAAGAAGAUGAAGAAGAAGCAGAGAUGAAUGCAAAACAGAACAUAGGUACCUGGAGAAAGACUAAUGAAAACAUGAUACUUGAUGAAUUCUACACCUCACACACUCUUGACAGGCGAAGGCCGGAGAUGAAAUCUCCGCGUAAAUUAUCCUGUCCAGAAAUGGGUAGAACCCGCACAGAUUCUGAAGACAGUUCAGAAGCCACUUCAGAGAAACUGAUUGAUCUUCUGGUUGAAGAAAGUAACAAAGUAGAUAUAAAACAUAACGAUAACGAAACUAGUCAAAGCGAUGAGAAUUUGGAAUCUAGAUUGCACACGUUGGAGUCUAUUGCAGAAUCUAACGAACUGAUUGAUAUCGCAAGGAACAAUGAAUGCAAGAAUCUGCAACUGUUAUCUCAAAGUAACUUCCUCGUCACGGAUAGCGACGAUGGAUCCGUUUCUUCAGGCUGCGAAACUGCCAGCACGGUGACGUCUGACACAGAACCAUCAUCGCUUCCCUCCAACUUCCCGCAGGAAGAAAUACAGAAGAAGCAAUUAGAAAAUGAUGACGACAUCGCAGUCUUUGACGAUAUACAACGUUUUGAGCGUUCACCGGUGAGAGCGAGCAGUAAGAGCUGCUCAAAUUCGACUCACAUGAUAAAUACAGAUAACAACAUUCCCAACAUGGUAUCUCCUGAGGAAGUAAAUCACAUACCGAUUGGAGAAAAGAAUACUUUCCGUCGAAGAUCCACGUACCCACCUCUGGGUGUCGAUUCCAGUAUUCUCAACAAUUUUGAGGGCAGUUUCGAACCUCUUAUUGACCUGACAGACGUAGAUAGCCUGACUUCGAGCACUGAAACAGAGGUAUUCAAAGGCACAGGCGAUAACGACAGCGCAUGCAGCGACGAAUCUGGUUAUUCGGAACUUAUAGAUAACGGUAAAGAUAGCAUCAUUGGUAAUACUAUAAUGGUAUAGAA